GACUGUUGACGGUGUAACACCACACUGGAGAAGACGCUUGCAUCCCUUCAUUGUAAAUUGUUUUUUAGCUCCAUUUAUUCUCCUUUGAAUAUCUUUAAUUCAUCGUAAAUGAGUUGCAGCGGAGACAGCGAUGAUGACAGCAGUUGUAAGCGGAAGGUGGCUUAUGUUUACAGCCCGGAAUACAUCCAGACUUGCGAUAGUUUAUCCAAAGUACCAAACAGGGCAAGUAUGGUCCACUCACUGAUAGAAGCCUACGGACUCCUUAAACACAUGAGCGUCGUUAAACCUCAGGUAGCGACCAUCGAGGACAUGGCCAAGUUCCACACAGACUCUUACCUGGAGCAUCUUCAGAAGAUCAGCCAGGACGGAGACAACGACGACCCGCAGUCCGGAGACUACGGCCUGGGUUACGACUGUCCCGUGGUGGAGGGGAUUUAUGACUACGCGGCAGCAGUAGGGGGCGCUACACUGACAGCAGCUCAGUGUCUGAUGGACCAAAAGUGUGAAGUGUCUGUAAACUGGGCAGGAGGCUGGCACCACGCCAAGAAGGAUGAGGCGUCAGGUUUCUGUUACGUGAACGACGCUGUGCUGGGAAUCCUCAAACUGAGGGAGAAGUACGAGAGGGUUCUGUAUGUGGACGUGGAUCUGCAUCAUGGAGACGGUGUGGAAGACGCCUUCAGCUUCACAUCCAAAGUCAUGACCAUCUCGUUUCACAAGUUCUCCCCCGGCUUCUUCCCAGGUACGGGGGACCUGUGUGACACGGGGCUGGGUAAAGGACGAUGGUACGCCGUGAACGUCCCGCUGGAGGACGGCAUCAAGGACGACAGAUACUACCAGAUUUUUACCAGCGUGAUGCAGGAAGCGCGGGCGCAGUUCAACCCGGAGGCCAUGGUCAUGCAGCUGGGGGCCGACACCAUGGCGGGGGACCCCAUGUGUUCCUUCAACAUGACCCCAGUGGGGGUGGGCAAGUGUCUGCAGCACGUCCUGCAGUGGCAGCUACCCACGCUGCUGCUGGGAGGAGGAGGUUAUAACCUGGCUAACACGGCCCGAUGUUGGACCUACCUGACGGCCGCCGUGCUGGGAAAGACUCUCUCCUCCGAGAUACCGGACCACGAGUUUUUUACAGAGUACGGACCCGACUACUCGCUGGAGAUCAGCCCAAGCUGCCGACCAGACCGAAACGACAGCAAACACCUGGACACGGUCAUCAGCACCAUCAAAGGGAAUUUGAAGAAUGUGGUUUAGGAGCCGGCAGCCUCAGCCUCCUCCACACCCACACACACACACACACACACACCCACCCACACACACACACACACACACACACACUCCAUGUUUCCUAACCAGGGCGAUGCGCGGCGGCUUUAAUGAAGACAAUAUGGAGACGGACCCCUUCGGCCCCGAGGCAUGAAGGCAGGAGGGGUUUGGGAAACAUUAGCUGAGUGUUUCCAGGGGGAAACAGUUUAAUAAGGGGGGGGGGGGGUGAUGUGGUUGCUGUACAGUGUUUUUAAUCCUUUUGUUUGUUGGAAAAGGUGUGUGUGUGUGAAUGAGAGUUCACUCAAUGGUUUUGUUGGUAUCAGGGGAUGCGUUUGUGUACAUCCCGUCUGUGGGAUAUUUAUUUUUUUACAGAAUGGAAAACCAGAGUUCUUCAGGUGUCAUGUUCCACGUUCACCCCCCCCCCCCCCCCCCCCCCCGAGGACAAAUAAGCGCUAAAACAGACACAAAGCCCAACAGUGCGGUUUCCCCCAAACGUCUCGUUAAAAAAACAAAAACCUGAGCGAGUCCGGAAAGUCCAGAAAAAAAGUACUUUUUAAAUGACUUGAGAAACGUGGAGAGAAAAAAGACACGUUGGUGAAGUUAGCCACAUUUGUUUCGACCCUUGGGCAAAACCUGUAAAUGAAACAUCUGGACAGCGUUUGUGUGAAAAACACACUUUCCCUGAACAUCUUCCAUUUCAAAUUCCAAAGAUUUCAUCAACUUCAAGAAGGUUUUUAGAUCAAACUUUAACGAGUUAGGAGAAGGUGAAAUCAAUUCAAAUAGGGCCGCUGCAGAAGAUUGAAUCCUUUACAACUCUUGAAAGAUUUGAAAUGUUAUUCUCAGCCGUAGCGUCACAUGUCCUCAGUGCCAGAUUAUCAAAAGCCAGUCUGUAGUAUAAAGUGUCCCUCUGUUAAGAAACAAGAUGUUCCCUUUUAAUGUCGCUAUACUCUCCCUAAAUACACAGUUGGGGAAACAUAAAAUCUCCCCAGCUGUUGAUGUGAGUCACAUUACACAGCUGCAUGUUACUGUGGACAAACACGUGAAGGUGAGCAGCGACACAGAAACGUUUUUGAAAUUGACAUUGCAUUCUGAAAGGUUGAUUCAUUAGGGCCAAAUUAUCUUAAAAACGUUCAUUUUGGACCAUAGAAAAAGUGGUUUGACACAAAGAAAUCCAACUGUGGAUCUUGUUUAGGAACUUUCAACUGGAUAUUGUGGUUUUGCCUCGCUCCAGACUUCCAUUAGUGUAAUUGUGGUAGCUAAAAACAUUCUUCAGACAUUAUAAUCGUUAAAUAUUCCUUUUUAUUCUUGACGAUUUUCCCCCAAAAUGGCAAAAGAACAGGAAAAUCCUGCCUUAUUACAUUUCCAAAAGGCUUCUUAGUGAUAACACUAUAAUAACACUUUUAAACCUGAGUCACUUUCUUCUACUACAUUGUUUAAUUGUCAAUAUCCUGUAUGUAUGUUACGUUACACAAGACUGACUGUCAUUUGACCAAAAAUCUUCAAAUAUGGAAACAUUUUAGCUUAAAGUUCACCUGUGAAAUCGUAAAGAAAAUGUGUUUAAUUUGUUCAUGCUUUUGUUUUUUAAACUUGUUGGCAUGUGUUAAAGUACAUACAAGGAGCGUUUGUUGAAAUAAAAGCCAGGAGAGCA